GGGACCUGACUGGAUUUCGCGUUUGUCUUCCCACUUUACCAACCGGGUCUGGGUCCAUCGAAUUAAAUGCCUGACAAUAUCACCGCCGUGAUUUAGCUAGUAUUUAGAAAUGGUCCAUUUUAAUACAUUUUUGUUAACAAUUUAUGCUGUAAAACACUGUUCAUCGGUCGUUAUUUUCAAUUUAGCAAAUUAUGUCGGGAGUGGCCGCCGGAGGGGCGUCCUCUUGCAUUGGCGCAGCCGCCGCCAGUUGUAGCUCAGCUGGGUCGUCCUAUGUUGCAGCGGGCGGAGAAGUGGGAAUAGCAGGCAGGCUACCUAGUCGGGUUCUGGAGCAUGUGUUCUCCUAUCUGGACUUGUAUGAUUUGAUGCGGUGCUCGUUGGUGUGCUGGCACUGGAACAACUGCCUCGCCGAUGAGAACAGCGAGGUGUGGCGGAGUCUGUGCGCUCGCUCUCUUAGUGAAGAGGCACUGCGCUCCGACAUUCUUUGCAAUCUGACAACAUACAAGGGAAAGCUCAAGUCCUACCUUCACGCUCUGAGUUCCCACGACUGCUCACGCAACGUCUACGUGAAGAAGAACGGUUUCACCCUUCACCGCAACCCCAUUGCCCAGAGCACCGACGGAGCCCGCGGCAAGAUCGGCUUCUCCGAGGGCCGCCAUGCCUGGGAGAUCUGGUGGGAGGGGCCCCUGGGGACCGUGGCAGUGAUCGGCCUUGCCACCAAGCGUGCUGCCAUGCAAUGCCAGGGCUAUGUGGCCCUCCUGGGCAGUGACGACCAGAGCUGGGGCUGGAAUCUGGUGGAUAACAACCUGCUCCACAAUGGGGAGGUCAACGGGAACUUCCCUCAGUGCAACAACGCACCCAAAUACCAGUGUAAUGGUGUCCGUCCACAGAUCGGGGAGAGGAUACGAGUGAUUCUUGACAUGGAUAACAAGACCUUGGCCUUCGAGAGAGGCUUUGAGUUUCUGGGAGUGGCCUUCAGAGGGCUGCCUAAAGCCUGCCUCUUCCCGGCCGUCUCAGCUGUCUAUGGCAACACUGAGGUGACCAUGGUCUACCUUGGCAAGCCUCUGGAUGGAUAGCACCGCCACAACACCCGCUGGUGCCACGUCACAUCAGGUGUGCCAAGGAUAAUGACUGAUGGUUGACACCGAGAGGAUUCUAAACGAACAUUCCACAACCACAGGAAUGGACUACAAAAUCAACAUGGGAUGAGAGUGAACUAUUGAUGGACAAGAGAAUUUGACCAGGGUGGGGGAAGUGAUCGUUGAUGGACAAGAGGGUUUGACUAGGUUUUUGGGAAGUGAUAAUUGAUGGAGGGUGGGGGACUGGGGGCUGUUUCAAAGGUGUUUCUUACUCAACGUGGAUCCUAUCCACUUCAGCUGCUGAACCAUUUUAUUUAGAGUACGGGAGGACUUUACUUGUUUUUUUUAUGUUAUUUUAUGAAGUAACAACACUGAGUCCUGUACAUGCGGACGGUUUUAUGAUGUCUGUUCCUAUGAGGCAAAACCAAAUAUGAACUGUGGCAAAUAAAGACAAAUCAUAACGUGUGUGUGACAAUGCAAGCUGUAACAUUUCUAGGGUACACGUGUAACUGCCAUGGAUGGAACAGCAAGGGGGACACUUCAGAGGACUAUACCAUAUGGGACACUUGGAAAAGACUGCUUCAGUAGAAAAGCUAGUCAUUGCAGUAUAACUGAAACGUCUCCUCUCUUCAGAUACAUUGUAUAGGAGAGCAGAAGUGAGGAGACCAUGCUACUGUGAAUCCAUUUUAAUUGUGGUGGUAUUCAUCAUAGUAUUUCAUUAUAUUUAUUUGUAGGUUUUAAGUCGUGGUACUAUUGAAGAGGUCAUGGAACCUUCAAAUAAAGUCUACCUGGUGCCAGUCUG